GUCAGUUAUCAGCCAAUCAGAGCCUUCGUUGUUGCUCCGACGUUAGCGCGUAGACUUUCGAUCUGAAGUCGGCAGCAUAAAGAAGUUGACGAGCGUUGUUUUUAUAGAUAGGAAGCCAUCGGUGUUUAUCUAUGGUUUUUAACGAGUCCUGUUAAUCGUUUUUAUGUCGUGUCUAGUCAUAAAAACACACAGAGAGGACCUUUUUUUCGGGCUCUUUUUUAAAAUUUAGCUCCUUAAGUCACGAUGCUAACUAGCUAGCUAACGCUACUUUAGCCAACCCGGGUCUAGAAUCUGAAAAGAUGAAUCGCUAUGAAACAAGAUCAUGUUUUGUUGCCACGACAGAGAGACAUUGAAGAGGAAAUCGGUGAGUGUGUGUUUCUUUAUAUAUAUAACCGUUAAAUCCUCUCAGUCUUCAGUUUAACUGUUGUCUGAUUCGCCGUUUUUAAUGUUUUACAGUGUGUCGUUAGGUUUCUGUUCUCCCUCCGUUUCCUGGUUUCACUUUACUUAAAGCAAUUAUACUCUGGCUGUUUAAAGUGAUUACUCAUUCAGCACGAACAACUGCUAUAAAAAGAGGCUGUCAUAUUUUCAUUAUUGGCUGAAUUUGGGUUAAAAAUAGAGGGAUAUUCUCAGGGGUGUGCAGUUCUCGCCUGCAUUUGUCAUCAGAAACUUCUUUUUGCUAAUACGAAUUGGCUCUUAUUCAAACCUAAAGUAAACAGCUCCUUAAAGGGAUACUCUGGCGUAAAGUUAAGUUAGUGUCAAACACAGCUUAACACUGUGUUAGACACCCCCUCGAGAGAUGAAUGUUGUCGACCGUUUGCUUCAUAAGUGAAACCAACUUUAGUAACGACCGCACGAUAGCAAUACACAGCGGUCUGAGGAGCCAUAAACAAACCUCAACCAAAACGCCACUCUAUAGCCACAAAUAAUGCUCAGAACAGUACAUAUAGGGUCCCAGCCAUAGUACUAGCCACCAAACAUCUUUCUAGCUUUGACUAAUUUCUAUAGCGAAGAGACUAAACACAACUCACCUACUCUCUUCCAGCAGCCGCUUGUUUGUAGAGACCUCGGGCCAGUCCAUUACAGACUACAGCGGGGUGACGCAGCUCAAGGAAGAACAUUUAUGAUCAUUUCUUCAUGGAAAUUCAACUUUAUUUGUAUGGCACUUUUCAUACAAAAAAACCCAACAAUAAUGAGAAAAAAAAACAACCCUCCCAUCCACACACACCCAUGAACCCACACGCACACAGAGACACUCACCUACACAUACGCACAGAGAGACAUGGCCUGACACCAAGACAUUACGCAAAGAAAGAGCUACCUUUAGGAAACACUGGAGAUAAAAGAUAAAAAUGAUAAAAAAAAGAAAAAGUAAAACCUGAUGAACUAAAACAAGAAAAUAAUAUUAAAUGAACAGAUAAGUAAAAGCGCCUUACCAUAAAAAAGGGGGUAAAAGAAGUAAAAACCUGUGACAGGAAUUAAGAAAAAGACUAAGAACAGAGAUAAUUAAUGGAAUGACAUGAGAUAAACAUUAAGAACUUUGAUUCAAAUAAAAAUUUGCAAUUAGAGAAAAAUAUAAAAUGGCAAUUAGUGAAAAGCCUGGUUAAAAAAGUGAGUCUUGAGCCUCUUCUUAAAAACAUCAACAGUCUCUGAGGCUCUCCGGCAGGCUGUUCCACAACCGGGGACCAUAAAAACUGAAAGCUGUGUGUUUUUGUUUUGACUUUGGGUAGGUUAAAAGGCCUGUGCCUGAGGACCUCAGGGUCCGCGAGGGUUGAUAUGGUCAAAAUAAGUCAGAUAAAUAGGAGGGGCCAAGACCGUUAAUACAUCUAAAGACUAAUAAAAGAACCUUCAAAUCAAUCCUGAAUCCAGACAUGAUAAAGAAAUGAUCAUAAAUGUUCUUCCUUGAGCUGUGUCACCCUGCAGCAGUCUGUAAUGGACUGGCCCGAGGUCUCUACAAACAAGCGGCUGCUGGAAGAGAGUAGGUGAGUUGUGUUUAGUCUCUUUGCUAAAGAAAUUAGGCAAAGUUAAAAAGAUGUUUGGUGGCUAGUGCUGUGGCUGGGACCCUAUAUGUCCUGUUGAUGAAGUUAGGUGCUGUUCUGAGCAUUAUUUGUGGCUAUAGAGUGGCGUUUUGGUUGAGGUUUGUUUAUGGCUCCUCAGAUUGCUGUGUAUUGCUAUCCUGCGGUCGUUACUAAAGUUGGUAUGACUAGAGAAGCAAGCCGUGGACAACAUUAAUCUCUCGGGGGGGUGUCUAACUCGGUGUUAUGGUGUGUUUGACCCUAAAUUAACUUUACGCCAGAAUAUCCCUUUAAGCCCAUGGUGAACAGCUCCUUAAAUGCAUCACAUUCAUUGUGGUCAACUACAACACUGCCACUUUCCCAUUUGCAGAUUUUAUUGUUCAGAAUUGGGUUUAUUGCCAAGUAGGUUUACAGAGGACGAAUCUGUCAUGGUGGUUUGAUGAUAAAACUAUAAACGCAGAGAUCCAAUAGAAAUGAAAAUAGAGUCAAUUAAAGUUAAAAUUUAAGUUAAAAGUGUUUUAACAGCAGUAAGAAGACAGAAAAAGAUACACUUAAUAAAAUGGUUGACUUUUAAAAAACUUAAAACAUACAGUAGAUCAAAUCUGAUACAGACAGCUCUGCGUUUCUUCAGAAUGAUAGGAGCUCAAAAUCGAGCAACAAACUUAAAACAACUCUAUUGACUUCAUGUUUUUAUGGUCAUCCUUUAAUACAGAUGAAAAGCAUUUUGAGUUUACAUGAAUCAGAAGUCGUAAAAGUCUCUGGGCUGUGGUGUUGUCAAUGAGGGUUUAUUUUAUCUGCUUGAAUUUAGAUGUUUUCUUUUUAUUUCCUCUAUAUAAUGAGUUCAUAAACCAUAAGUAAGGCUUUAAAGCAGAGGAGUGUCUCUUUGUUUGAGAUGUUCAAGCCCAAUUUCUCUCUCUUUGUAGAAACAGUAAGAAUUUUUGAUGGCGGUGGCUCCCGCCUCGAUGGCGGAUAAGAUCAUAGUCCUUGACGAUGAAGAGGAUUGUCCUCGGCCCUCCUGCUCUGCCUCCACCUCGUCUUCGCAGCAUCAAGCCAAAAACUUCUCACCGUUCAGAGCUCAGCAGUCUGCCCCCACCCACAUCACCAAGUCACCUUUUGCCUCAGCCAAGAAGGACUCGCAUGUUCUGCAGGUGGAAAACCAGAGCUUGUUUGCCGAGGUAAGCUCACAUGAAGAGGCUAUCUAUUUUUCUAUCACUCGACAUCCCUUUGCACUACUACCUAAAACCAAUACUUUAAUGACUGACAGCCUGAUUGAACAACUGAGACCUGUAAUUAUGUCUCCACAUCAAGAGAAAGUGUAAACCAGUCAAACCCGAGUCUCAUUAUUCUGUUAAUAUUUUGACAUUUUUAUCUGAUCCUCUCACACCACAACAUUCUCGGUAAUCUUUCCCGCCCCUUCUUAUAACUCUCUUCAUUUCUGCCUGUAGUUUGUGGAGCACUGCUCAGCACUCACUAAGGACUGCCCCGAGGUCUUGACUUUCCUCCAGGCCAAGCACUCAAAGGCCUCCCCCGAGUUCCUGUCAUCGGUGGAGUUCAGGAACACUCUGGGACGAUGUUUGACUCGUGCUCAGGCCAACCGCUCCAAAACCUUUGUCUAUAUAAACGAACUGUGCACGGUGCUCAAGAAGCAUGCGGCCAAGAAGAGGCAGACCCUCAGCAAAGUUCAGCCUGAGCCUUGUACCUCAACGUCAAACUCUCACCAGUCUACCUCUGCUAACCUGAGAAGUAAAAACAAGACUAAAGAUAAGACGGAGGAGGAGGAGGAAGAUAGUGGCAACGUGGCCUCAGAUGAUAAGCAACCCUCCUCAUCAGCGCUGCAGGAAGGCACCGAGGAAGAUAAACGGAAGGAAGAGGAAGCUGAGAAAAAGGCAAAUCGGGCGUCUAGGAAACAGGUUUGUGUUGAACACCGUGUAACAUAAUAACUGUUGGCAUUGGACUCGAAAAAAAAUAUUCAGGGAGUUCUGUGAAGGCAAAAACAUCAAAUCACUCAUCAUGUGUGUUUACAUUUUUUAGAUGGCGUACCUGGAGAACCUCCUGAAGGUGUACAACGAAGAGAUCUGCCGCCUGCAGCGAGCCGAGCUAAACUUGAACGACAUGGAAACUGAGGACUCUUCAUACAUUCAGGAGCACAAACUCAAGCGCAAAGUAAGGCGGAAGUUGGGGCUAAAAAACAGCCGGGAAAUAAGAACCGGGUCGUACGAGAACUUAUCACAACUCUUUCCUGCAUUCUCCUCUUCCAGAUGAUGAAGAUUUAUGAGAAGCUGUGUGAACUGAAGGGCUGCAACACGCUGACAGGCCGAGUCAUUGAGCAGAGGAUCCCCUACAACGGCUCACGCUACCCUGAGAUCAACAGACGGGUAGAGUAUUAGAAAUGUUAACUUGAAAACGAGAGGAAUCCCAGUGUAUUUCAGUCACAAGAGAGACUUUAUCGAACACUCCUGCUAACUGUAGAUAUCCAUAAAGUUCAAGGGUCACUUCAAACACACCAUAAAACUGAGUUAGACACCCUCUCGAGAGAUUCAAAUUGCUGGCCGCUUGCUUCUCUAGUUUUACCAACUUUAGUAACGACCGCAGGAUAGUAAUAAACAGCGGUCUGAGGAGCCAUAAACAAACCUCAACCAAAACGCCGCUCUGUAGCCACAAAUAAUUGAUCAGUUUAUUUGUCUCUUUCAUUAGUUUUUCUCUUUUAGCGAGUUUGACAUGAUCGUGAAUCUUUGCCUGCAUCUCUUCCGUCCGUCAGAUCGAACGUUUCAUCAACAGUCCUGAGAUGCAGAGGAGCCCUCCGGAUUACCAAGACAUCCUCCAAAAAGUAAUACAAGCCAACGAGCGCCACAACCUGAGCCUGAGCAGGAAACAGCUCAACCAGAUCGCCCAGGAGGCCUUCAGAGAGACCGGUCACCUCAUGCAAGAGAGGCGCCACCUGGACCUGGUGUACAACUUCGGCUCACACCUCACCGACAGCUACAAGCCCGGUAAGACUUCAGGCAGUGACUGUGACUGUGUCCGAUUGACCGUCGGAGCAGAUUUCCCCCCAAAAAACAAUCACAAUCAAACUGUGGUUUACUCUCUUCACUUGUCUGCCCUCUCUAAAGCUACAGACCCGGCUCUGACAGACCCCUCUCUGCUGCGAAAGCUGCGCUCCAACCGAGAAAUGGCUCUCUCCCGCCUGGAGGAGGUCAUCACCCAGUAUGCCGGCAAACAAGAGGAUGUAGAGGAGCAGGAGAGGAUGAAACGACAGGAGAAAGACAGCAAAGACAAAGAGGUACGAGAGUUAUUUACAAAUGCGUUCACUCUCAACAAUAUUAGAGGAAAUAUACAUGAGGACGUGCUCGUAAUGAGACAAAGGCAACGUGGUGAGAGCUUUUCUCAGGAUAUAUAACUGAAUGAAACUGGUUCUGGUUUUCACUCCACACUUCUCGUCUUUCCAGGGCACUAAACCAGACAACGAAGAGGACAAAAAGGAGGCGAACAAAGUUGAAGAGGAAGGAGAGGAAGAGGUGGAGGGGAGCGAUGACGACGAUGAUGAAGAAGAUGACGAAUCUUCAGACCCAGACAUUGAGGAGGAGAUUCGAGCCAGCACUCAGCAGGUCGGACCAGGUAAGAGAAAGAAAAGAGAACGAUGUCAAGAUCACAACAACAUCAGCUCUGUGGAAGAUGGUUCAGGGGGUGACCCUGGUCCAGAUCUUCAUUCAGUCUGGUUGUGUCUUUGAUGACUGAUGGUAGGGCUAGAUGAUAAAAAGAUAAUGAUAUCAAAAAUUAGUUUCCCUCAAUAUCAAUAUAAAACAUGGUUUAUAUGCUUUAGAGACUUUAUGCUGAAUUCGAACCAAGUAGCGAACAGCUACGUAGUAACAGGCAGCAGCUACACGCAACCAUAACACUUUAACACGUGAAGCGGCCAGAAUGUUGGUGAGAAAAUAAGAAAAUGAGUGCAUGAUGAUAUGACGAUAUCGUCAACAACACAGGCAAGAAAGCGUCGGUGGUGUGGAGGUAUUUUAGUUUUUUUUUUUGAGGUCCGACAUGAAGCAGAGAAAUGUGUAAAUUAUGUCGAGUUCAUGUUCUCACAAAGUCAUAAAGUUGGGAAAUAACUCACAUCUUUUUCACCACCUGAAGCAGCGCCACGCCGCGGAGCACAUACAGCGCAAAAGGUUACAAACCCCGUGUGAAGCAAGGAGCCCAUGGCGCCUGUGCGGCCGAAACAGACGACCAAUCAGUCCGCUUUCUCUAGAGCAACGACUCACAACAAAACGUCAAAGAGACACAAAGACCUCAGAGAUGCAGGAGAUUAUUGAAUUGCAAAAGACAUGCGACCAAUAAACACUGUUAAAUCUUAUUUUUUAUAUCAUGAUAUUUCUCGACAUCGACUGAUAUGAAAAAAAUAUAUCCUGAUUAACUUUUUCCCAUAUUGCUCAGCCCUAACUGAUGGUAUCGUAGACUCGAGGCAUAAACUCCUGUCUGACAUGUUUGAUUGUGGCGGCUCCAGUAGAAACCACCAGAGCCUGGACGAAAAGUGGUUAAUACGGCUGUUUGGUAUUUCACCUCUCUUUGUAGAUGACGAUGAUGAAGAUGACAGCAACGAGGCAGAACAAGCUGCUGAUAAAACCAGCAAGGAGGAUCAGGCCGACCAGCUGUCAGAGAGCGUCUUCACGGGGGCGGAGGGAAACGCCAACCAUGAGGAGGAGGAGCCCGUCACAAGUGGCCUCAGUCCUCCUGAUUAUGAAAACAAGUCACAAAUCUCCCCGCUGUCUGACAUCCCCUCUCCCAGACACAGCCCCAGCCAAUCAGAGUCCAUACAGACUGAUGACCACCAGCCGUUGUCCAAUGGUAACCUCACAAAACUCAAGGAGCCCGUGGAUUCCUCCAAUCAUGUUUCUCUUGUGCUGGUAAGCACGAGCAAGAACACCGAGGACUCCCCCUCUCCUCCAGCAGCCAACGGCGUGUCCAUGUCACAGGCAAUCAUCAUAGAGUCAUGUGACACGCAAACGAUGAUCGACACAUCGCCACCGCCCAGCCCCAGAACCAGGGGGGGCAAGAAGAGGAAGAGGGAGGAGGAGUCCCAAAACAAGAGGCACAUCAUCAUCCAUGACAGGUACGGUGAGGUUAGAUUGAAGUUACCUGGAGAACUUUGGGAGCAACGAAACGUGAGACAUCUGUGUGAUAUACAAAAACAGAAAAAGACGGACCUCGGUCAUCUUUGGUUGUUAUAGUUUGAUUCUAGUUAAUGAGGUCGACUUAGAGAAUCAUGUUUGAUCGUGACUUAUGUUAAUGUUAAUCAUAGUCAUGAUCCUUGUGUUUUUCUUCUACCUGUUCAUUCCUUUUUCUCCCGUCUCUCUCCCUCCCUCCUCAGUGAGGUCGAUAUUCCUCUGGACAUGGGCGUUUACACCUGCAAUUCCCCACCGCCGGCCGACUUCGCCAGGGAUGACACGCCAACCCGGGACAUAGUCAGCAGCUCGCAAUCGACGCCGCCUCCUAAGAAAAACAAGGUGAGAGCGUGUGUGAGCGUGAGGUCAGGCAUUAACUGACCAGCAGCUUCUUCGGAUCAGAACGAGUUCAUGUUUGUGAAAUCUGUCCAGUUGUUCCUUUUUUGGUGGGUCAGUUUUGUUUGUGCCGUUUAAAGGCAUAGUUGACGAUCAGAGAGAUUAGUAAUUAUAAUGAAUCUCGUUUCUAUGGCGAUCAUGGUCCUAUAGUGCGAUCUCCACAAAGUGAGGAAAAGAUCCGUUCAUCCUCACAGGUGCAGGGCUGCAAAAGCAUUGACCAAUGGGAGCCGUCCGUCCCAGACAGCUCCUAUUAGUCAAUCCCCUGCUCCGCCUCUCCAUCCAAUCACCUCGCUGUAUCUGACACACCCCUCUCCCGUAGUUUUCGACUCGUCCCCUCCCACUCUCCCGAAGCUCUGAGCAGCUAAAAGUAGAGUAGCAGCUUAGCUACAGGAGCUGUGAUGGAGAAGGACACAAAAAAAACACUUCUACUUGCCUUCUACCUUCAUCCCAUCAUUGUGAAGUGUUGAAAACUAGAAUAACGUGACCAGAAGACUCUGCCCGCCACAAUAAAAGAAGUCAGAGGUCGCACACUUAUAACUCUUUCACUCUGUCUCUACAGGUCAACGUCGCCACCCAGUGUGACCCUGAGGAAACCAUCGUCCUGUCAGACUCGGACUGACCUUUGACCUCUCACUGUUCUGCAAUAUAUGCCCACCUCACACUGAAACUCUUUUUUUUUGUUUGUUCUAAAAGCACGUCUGUCCACAGACUGCUCCCAUCUGCCGGCUCACAAAGUCGAAACUGCAGGUUUGAAAAUCAUGUGAAACGUUUCUGCAGGAUACAACAACAACAACAACAAUAACAACAACAACAACAACAGCAGCCGUCUGUAGCUGAGGAAGACAGGGAAAACUACGAGCCGAGUUCCUCAUGUCAUCCGAUUACAUUUGAGCGGACAAAAACAAAGACAGGACUCAAAAAUAAAAAGACUUGAAAGAAAGCUGCUUAAAUGGACUUUAAAGAGAAAAAAAUCAGGGUUUCUCUCUCUCUCUUUCUCUCUCUCUCUCGGGAUGUUCAUUUCUUGACUUGAGGAAGAAAUCAGUGCCUGAUGUUAUGAUCUGUGCUGUGGGAUGGAAUUUUUUCACACAUUAAAAACUGGUGAGAGCUGAGGUAGCAGCGCUUUGUUUACAUUUUUAUAGUUGUAAUCACUUUUUUUUUGCCUAUUGAGGAGUGGAAGUGUGGGUGUGCUCAAAUGAUUUUUCAGAGGAUGUUGUUUUACUCGUUAAUAUUUAUGCAUUAAUUUAGUGACGACUCUACAGUGUUAUUUUUCCCUCCAUGUUCCCCUUUUUUCCGUCAUCGUUCUGUUUUUAGGUCGGUAAUAAAUAAACAAAUGUGAGGUUUUUUUUCCCUUUUAGAGAUCUGUCCCCGCAGGAGUGAUGAAGUUUCCAGAUUAUUUUUAGUUUGAGGAUAAAUUUAAAAAGUCAAAAUAAGACCAAACAUAUCACAAGAUUUCUCUAUACUACUUCAUAUUGGUCGUUUCUGUGCGCCAAAAUGAGUUCCCAUUUACCCUUUAAAUACACUAAUGAGCUGCUGUAUGUGAACACUGAACAUGGUCAGACAUUAUAAUGAACACGGGUGCCCAAAAAUAGUCCCUGCUGAAGUUCAGAAAAGUUUUUAAACAGUGGUGUUUAUGUUUUAUUCAGAUUAAAAGGUUAGGCGACUUUAAUUUCGACCUGUUUCCAGAUUCAUGUGUUUAAAGCUGAACUAAAAGGGCUCUGAGAUGAGAGGGGAGUUUGCCGACUGCGCUGUUGAUGCACUUCUUAAAAUUUGAAUUAAAAUCAGUCGGCACAGGUCAAACACACAAGUAUAUGCACAUGCACAGAAUUGAAAAGGAACUCUGCUUUCUUCCAGACGUGAGAAGUUUCUGUUUUAUUUUCAUCGGAGUCGUCAUGCGGGGCUUUUUCUGCACCUGCUCCCUCCUGUUGAUACACUGGGUUUUAGCUUAAACCUGGAUGACACUUUAUAUUAUUUUUGGGAUUUAUACAACCUCUUUUAUGUACUUUCCCCACUUUGAUCCUGUUUUUACAUUUUCUUUUGCGUUGGUGUUCAAAAGUUAUGGAAAUGUGGACUUUGAAUGUAGUUGUUGCAGCUACGACCCGUCAGGCCUAAUUUCUGCAGAGGAGGAGGGAUCCAUUAUUGUUCACUGUGAAAUUUUCCUUCAUUUUUGAUAUUAAAAGAUGUUUUUUACAUACA